AUUCGCCGGAUUUACGUGUCAGUUCUCCUUUUUGCAUGUUUAAGUUAAACUUAUAUGAACUCCGAGAGCUUUACUUCAUCGUCUGCUCUUACCUAAAACUCCACUCUCCUUGUCCUGCUGUCCACCAAGAAGAACCCAAGAUCGUGAUUAGCGCGCUUCUUCUCUUCUCGCCCAAAGCUGUUCCUUCUGGCUUCAAAUCGAAGCAACUCCGUCCUCGCCCUUUUGGUUUGUUUAUAGCGCGGUUCGUCUUCCUUGCUCUCCACCGCCAGGUAGCUCGAGACCAGAGGAGCGAGGAUGAGCGCCACCAAGUUCAUCAAGUGUGUGACUGUUGGAGACGGGGCUGUGGGGAAGACCUGCAUGCUCAUAUGUUACACCAGCAACAAGUUCCCCACUGACUACAUCCCGACUGUGUUCGAUAACUUCAGCGCUAAUGUCUCUGUUGAUGGCAGCAUCGUCAACUUAGGAUUGUGGGAUACUGCAGGACAAGAAGACUACAGCAGGUUGAGGCCGCUGAGCUAUAGAGGGGCAGAUAUAUUUGUUCUGGCUUUCUCGCUAAUCAGCAGGGCAAGCUACGAGAACGUUCUCAAGAAGUGGAUGCCUGAGCUUCGACGCUUUGCACCAAAUGUUCCUAUUGUUCUGGUUGGAACAAAACUAGAUCUUCGCGAAGACAAAGGAUAUCUUGCUGAUCAUCCAGGUGCAACUACAAUAACUCCCGCUCAAGGAGAAGAGCUCAGGAAACAAAUUGGUGCUGCAGCAUACAUCGAGUGUAGCUCCAAGACACAACAGAACGUCAAGGCUGUCUUUGAUACUGCAAUCAAGGUAGUUCUUCAACCUCCACGAAGGAAGGAGGUACCCAAGAAGAAAAGUAAAAGAAGCUCUGGUUGUCUAAUGGCGAACUUCAUGUGCGGAGGCACUUGUGAUGCCUAGAACAGAGAAGAAACUCAUCUUGGUGCGCUGAUAGCUGUAGUAGCAUGCAAGUUAGCAGGAACUUGUGACUACCGGGUCUCAUUCCCUGUGUUUCCCAUCGUUUUCGAAGGAAUCAGUUCCUUUCUGGUUUCUGUAAGAAGUAAUUAAUGUACACUUAAUAGUGCAAUUUUAGUCUCUAUUAGUAGUAUCUGAUAUUGAUGUCUGUGAAGUUGAAUGUGUUGUUGUAUUACAAGAAUUGCAGA